UCCUGAGGCGCUGCGACUCUCGGUGGCGCGCGCUCUCUCUCUCUCCUCCGGCUCUCUAGCGGGACCGCCGGCUCACGAGCCGGAGCCGAGCCCUAGGCAAGCGUUCACCCGCCCCGCUCCGCUCCGCAGCUUCUCCGAGCGUCGGGCGGAGAUGGAGCCCCGGCCCGCGGCGCCCUCGUCUGGCGCACCGCGGCCCGCCCGGGAUGGGGACGCGCCGCUGGCUGUCGCCGGGGUGGACCUGCCCGGGACUGCCGUGCCUUCCUCCGGCCGAGAGGAUGCUACGGCCGGGAGCCAGGCCGGCGGGGUGCGCGGAGAGGGAGCGGCGGCGGCGGGCGAUGGGCUGGGCAGACCUCUGGGGCCCACCCCCAGCCAGAGCCGCUUCCAGGUGGACCCGGUUUCCGAGAACGCCGGGCGGGCCGCGGCGGCUGCGGCGGCGGCGGCGGCCGGGGCGACGGGCAAGGAGACCCCGGCGGCCGGGAAAGGCAGCAGUGAGAGCGGCGCUGCUAAGGGCAGCGAGGAAGCCAAGGGCCGCUUCCGCGUGAACUUCGUGGACCCAGCUGCCUCAUCGUCCGCGGACGACAGCCUGUCGGAUGCGGCGGGGGUCGGAGGCGACGGGCCCAACGUGAGCUUCCAGAACGGCGGGGACACGGUGCUGAGCGAGGGCAGCAGCUUGCACUCGGGCGGCGGCAGUGGACACCAUCAGCAGUACUACUAUGACACCCACACCAACACCUACUACCUGCGCACCUUCGGCCACAACACCAUGGACGCGGUGCCCAGGAUCGACCACUACCGGCACACGGCCGCGCAGUUGGGCGAGAAGCUCCUCCGGCCCAGCCUGGCAGAGCUCCACGAUGAGCUGGAAAAGGAACCUUUUGAGGAUGGCUUUGCAAAUGGAGAAGAAAGUACUCCAACCAGGGAUGCUGUGGUUACAUACACUGCCGAAAGUAAAGGGGUUGUGAAGUUCGGCUGGAUCAAGGGCGUAUUAGUACGUUGUAUGUUGAACAUUUGGGGUGUAAUGCUCUUUAUUAGAUUGUCGUGGAUUGUGGGUCAAGCUGGAAUAGGUCUCUCCGUCCUUGUAAUAGUGAUGGCCACUGUCGUGACGACUAUCACAGGAUUGUCUACUUCAGCAAUAGCUACCAAUGGGUUUGUAAGAGGAGGAGGAGCAUAUUAUUUAAUCUCUAGAAGUCUAGGGCCAGAAUUUGGUGGUGCAAUUGGCUUGAUCUUUGCCUUUGCCAAUGCGGUGGCAGUUGCUAUGUAUGUUGUUGGAUUUGCUGAAACUGUGGUGGAGCUGCUUAAGGAACAUUCCAUACUUAUGAUAGAUGAAAUCAAUGACAUCCGAAUUAUUGGAGCCAUCACAGUAGUGAUUCUUCUGGGCAUCUCAGUAGCCGGGAUGGAGUGGGAAGCCAAGGCUCAGAUCGUCCUCCUGGUGAUUCUUCUGCUGGCCAUCGCUGACUUUGUCAUAGGAACGUUUAUCUCACUGGAGGGCAAGAAGCCCAAGGGGUUCUUUGGCUAUAAAUCUGAAAUAUUUAAUGAGAACUUUGGACCGGAUUUCCGAGACGAAGAGACUUUCUUUUCUGUGUUCGCCAUCUUUUUCCCUGCUGCAACUGGUAUUCUAGCUGGGGCAAACAUCUCAGGUGAUCUUGCAGACCCUCAGUCAGCCAUACCCAAAGGAACACUUUUAGCCAUUUUAAUUACUACAGUGGUUUACAUAGGAAUUGCAGUGUCCGUAGGUUCUUGUGUUGUUCGGGAUGCCACUGGGAAUGUUAAUGAUACCCUUACCACAGAGCUGACGAACUGUACUUCUGCAGCCUGCAAAUUAAACUUUGACUUUUCCUAUUGUGAAAGCAAUCCUUGUUAUUAUGGACUAAUGAACAACUUUCAGGUGAUGAGCAUGGUGUCAGGGUUCGCACCCUUGAUCUCCGCAGGUAUCUUUUCAGCCACACUUUCAUCAGCUCUAGCCUCUCUCGUGAGUGCUCCCAAAAUAUUUCAGGCUCUAUGUAAGGACAAUAUCUACCCAGCUUUCCAGAUGUUUGCUAAAGGUUAUGGAAAAAAUAAUGAACCUCUUCGUGGUUACAUCUUAACAUUCUUAAUUGCACUUGGAUUCAUCCUAAUUGCUGAAUUGAAUGUUAUUGCUCCAAUUAUCUCAAAUUUCUUCCUUGCCUCAUAUGCGUUAAUCAAUUUUUCAGUGUUCCAUGCAUCACUUGCAAAAUCUCCAGGAUGGCGUCCUGCAUUCAAGUACUACAACAUGUGGAUCUCCCUUCUUGGAGCGAUUCUGUGUUGCAUCGUCAUGUUUGUCAUUAACUGGUGGGCGGCCUUGCUCACCUACGUGAUAGUUCUCGGACUGUAUAUUUAUGUUACCUACAAAAAACCAGAUGUGAACUGGGGAUCGUCCACUCAAGCCCUGACUUACCUGAGUGCACUGCAGCAUUCAAUUCGUCUCUCUGGGGUGGAAGACCACGUGAAAAACUUCAGGCCACAGUGUCUUGUUAUGACAGGGUCUCCAAACUCGCGCCCUGCUUUACUUCAUCUUGUUCAUGACUUCACGAAAAAUGUUGGUUUGAUGAUCUGUGGCCAUGUGCAUAUGGGCCCUCGAAGACAAGCUAUGAAAGAGAUGUCCAUUGAUCAAGCCAAAUAUCAGCGAUGGCUUAUUAAAAACAAAAUGAAGGCUUUCUAUGCUCCGGUUCAUGCAGAUGACUUGAGAGAAGGUGCCCAGUAUUUGAUGCAGGCUGCUGGUCUUGGUCGUAUGAAACCAAACACACUUGUCCUUGGAUUUAAGAAAGACUGGUUACAAGCAGAUAUGAGGGAUGUGGACAUGUAUAUAAACUUAUUUCAUGAUGCUUUCGACAUACAAUAUGGAGUUGUGGUUAUCCGCCUGAAGGAGGGCCUGGACAUAUCCCACCUCCAGGGACAAGAAGAAUUACUAUCUUCACAAGAAAAAUCCCCAGGUACCAAGGAUGUGGUGGUGAAUGUGGACUGCAGUAAAAAGUCAGAUCAAAAUACUUGCAAGUCAUCUGGUGAAAAAUCCAUUACACAUAAAGAUGAGGAAGAGGAUGGCAAGACUCCAACUCAGCCACUGUUGAAAAAAGAAUCCAAAGAUCCUGUUGCACCUUUAAAUGUAGCUGACCAAAAGCUUCUUGAAGCCAGUACACAGUUCCAGAAAAAACAAGGAAAGAAUACUAUUGAUGUCUGGUGGCUUUUUGAUGAUGGAGGUUUGACCUUGUUGAUACCCUAUCUUCUGACUACCAAGAAAAAGUGGAAAGAUUGUAAGAUCCGAGUAUUCAUUGGUGGAAAAAUAAACAGAAUAGACCAUGACCGGAGAGCGAUGGCUACUUUACUUAGUAAAUUCCGAAUAGAUUUCUCUGAUAUCAUGGUCCUAGGAGAUAUCAACACCAAACCAAAUAAAGAAAAUAUUGCUGCUUUUGAGGACAUGAUUGAGCCAUACAGACUUCAUGAAGAUGACAAAGAACAGGACAUUGCAGAUAAAAUGAAGGAAGACGAGCCUUGGCGAAUAACAGACAAUGAGCUUGAGCUUUAUAAGACCAAGACAUACCGGCAGAUCAGGUUAAAUGAAUUAUUAAAGGAGCACUCAAAUACAGCCAAUAUUAUUGUCAUGAGUCUCCCAGUUGCACGGAAAGGUGCUGUGUCCAGUGCUUUGUAUAUGGCUUGGUUAGAAGCUCUGUCUAAAGACCUGCCACCAAUCCUCCUAGUUCGUGGAAAUCAUCAGAGCGUCCUUACCUUCUAUUCUUAAUUAUUCUGCACCAUGGACUGCCCUCCAGGAAUGGUACUUCAGUGCCUAGCGAAAGCGCUGAAAUCGUCAGUAACACCUUACUAUCACACUGGUGAACUGGGACUUUGUUUCAGUCUUCUUUAUUUGAAAGCACAGGGAAAAGUUGCUCCAUUGGUAGAUAUACGUAGACUUGAGUUCUGCUCUACUCCACAUCUCAGUCUCAGUGACUGGUUAGUCUCCCGUCGGACUGAAGUUCGUGAGAGUAAAGUUGUCCUUUGCUACUUGAAAGCAAUAAGAGUGUGUUAUUGUUUGAGUGAGGAAAGGAGUACAAAGCCUUUAGCCUUGAGGUGCCUUCUGAAACUAACCAAAUUUCAUCCAUAUAUCUAUUGUCUUUUGUAAAUUUAUAGAAUGUUAAACUUUGCCUUCAGAUAUUUUUAUUUCUAAUGUCACCUUAAGUAGACACUCCUUUCAUCUUCCAUUGACCAGUUAGUUCUGAGUACUGUGUGUUUUGUAUUACUUUUGUAAAAGUAUCUGUUAGAUACUAAGGACAAACUAAUAAAAUACAUGGGGGAAAGUAUCCAAACAAUGAAGCCCAAGUUUAGGGUUCUAUGAGUAUGUGUACAUGUAGAGCUAGGAAAUAGAGGCCCAAAACACCAUUUUUAACUCCAUUGAAGUUACGUAUUAUUUCUUGUAAAUCUUAGAGAAGGGUGAGGUUCUACCCAGUAUUUCCUGUAUGAUGCUGAAAAGUCACAUGUCCUUUUUCAAGCAAAAUCUGAGAUCAUUUGUAUUAUUUUUUAAACGAUGUGUUCUAAUUGAGAAUUCCUCUCAAAUGUGAGGGACUUUAAGACAUGCUGACAGGUGUUUUUGGAGGAAAUUUAGACAAAGAAAUGCCAUUUAGUAGAACAUUUUCAAUAAACACUACAGGAGCUUCACUAGCCUAUGCCAUCCUUUAUUUUUUAAAAAAAAAUCACUUAAAAUUUUAUCAAUGGUUAAAUGGACCACUGUUUUCUUAGUGGAAAUGGUUUUAGGCUUAAUUUAUUCAAGUGUCAAGUACAUUUAGUCUUAAUACACUCAGGUUUGAACAGAUUAUUCUGAGCAUUGAAUUUUAAUCCAUUCUUAAUACUUUAAACCUUCUGUGUUAAAGAAAACUGCCAGUUUGUGCGUUUGACCUUGUCGCCUACUCAAGCACUUGACAGUGUGAUGUGCUGUCCUGAAGCUUUAUCUACAGUUUUUAAUGUGAAGUUUCUCAUUUUCCGGGGAAGGAUUUCCUGAACACAUUUCAAGGGAUUCGUGUCUUCAUGUCUGUGUGUGUGUGCAAUGUGUGCACAGGUGCACAUGCACGUCUGUAUGUGUGUGUGUGGUGCGUGCACAGGUGCACAUGCAUGUCUGUAAUGAGAUGUCUGUCACUGGGGUCUCCAACUUGAAAGUGACCACAGCUCAGUAGAUUACAGGUUUUUGUUUUGUUUUAAUAAACAUUGAAGUCAGAUUAAGGGGUUACAGGUCUCAUGGAGGACCAAGACAGUUUGAAGCUCAUAGUAUAGCUUCAUGUGGUUAUCCAGUUAGAUCCAGUGCUGCUGAGUAGGUGAUCAGCUUCAGGGGUGGAGAACAUGCAGGUUUCCGUCAUCUUGAGCUAAGUGUUAGGAAAGCAUUUUCAGUGGUGCAGUACUUCUGCUGCAUGAAUAUGACCUACGUUUAUACCAGCUGGAUGUCUGGUCAUUUCCAUUCAGAAAAUUAAAAAAAAAAAUGAAGUUAAGUGAUUUUUUUAAGGUUUUUCCAUACAUUAUAAUACAACAUUGUUCCAUUUAUUUUAAGUUCUGCAGAGUUUGAAGGCAAUAUAGAAGUGUCAUAUUCAAUAAACCAUAUCAUGCAUGAUUUUUCUGAAUGGAUAAUAAGGUCCAGGCUGACUGCUGCUGUCUUGAAAUGUACACAGGUACACUUGCCUUUUAUUUUUAAAGGUUUUUCCCCAUUCAGGAAAACUUGAUUGUGAUCUGUACUACAGAAACUAAAUGUCAUACAUCAUACAUUUGUGUAUAAAGUACAUAAAAUGGAUCUCAGUACACCUAAUAGGGAGGGUAAUAUUGUUUGUGAAACAAUGUAAGAAGCUUUCCUCUUUUAAAAACUACGUUACAUUCAUUUAACACUAGAUACCAGGUCAGACAUUUUCAAGGUUGUGGUAGUACUCUAAAAUAAGUUUCAACAAUUCUUGGAGAUGCUAGCUAGUAUUAAAGCUAUUUUUAUUUUAUGCUGAAUUUUGAUUAUUUUGAUGCCAAAUUAUUUUUUAGUCCUAAUCAUUGAUAAUAACUUGAAGAUAAUUAUGCAGUGGCAUUUGAACUCAUUGUUAUGAUGGGUAAAGAAUUUGUGGGUUCACAGAGAAUGUUGGUGUUGAUUAUUAACAGUUACUGAAUCAAAUAUUUAUUUGUUGCAAUGUUUCUUUUGUGCUUUAAGUUUUCCUAUACACUCUUUUCAUAUUGCUUUCUGACAUGCGUGUUUUUUUUAAGACUAUGGAAAUAAUUUAAAGAGUUGAGCUCUGGUGGAUGAUUAUCUGCUAAGUUUGAAAAUGUAAUAUUUUGAUAAUACUGUACUGUUCCUGUCACAGAUGCUUUUGUAAUGUUUUAACCCUGAGUAUUGCAGUUGCUGCUUUGUACAGAGUUACUGCAAUAAAGGAAGUGGAGUCAUUAAAACUUCAA